AUGUCUACCGUUUUCGAAAGUGGGUUUGCCGUCGGCCAGGUCGUGGACGAGGGCGUCAACGACACGUUCAAGUCGGGCCAGCGGCUACGGCAACAACCAGGCAAUGCGUGUGAAGAAUGUCGCCGGAAACGCAUCCGCUGCGACAGAGGAACGCCGCAAUGCGUGGCCUGCGCCAACGCCGGUGUCAAGUGUGUCGUGAGGAGUACCUGCGCUCCUCGAGGGCCCAAGAAGGGUCACCUCAGGACACUUCAGAAGCAAAUAGAGGAGUUGCAAAACCGCUUCAAGGAACAGAGGGAAGAGCAGGCCGCGGCUGCGGACCAGCAUCACGGCGAGCUGCCGUCGGAGAAGGCGCCCAACUCGGACAGGGACGGCGAGGACGUGGGCAGCGAUUGUUAUCCCAGCAUCGAGUUCACCCCCAUCGGCUCCGCCUCCGACAUAAUGGGACAGUUCGGUGACAUGCCCUGCUGGUCUCCCGACGAAAUCGGCAUGGAGAACCUGCUGCCCAACUUCAUGUUUUCCGGAUUCCUCGUCGACAGCCAGCAGGCCGACGGCCCGGCCCAGGGGCCAUCACAGAUCCUGCAAGAGAUUGGUGUCCAUCCCAAUUCCAUGGCCUGCGCCGAUCUGGAUCAGCUCUACUUCGAUCGGGUUCACCCUUUUGCCCCCAUCCUGCAGGAGUCUCGCUAUUCGUCCUGGUCUAAACGACCAGACAAGACGAAGCCCCAGAUAUGCCUGCAAUACGCCAUGUGGACGCUGGCCGCCUCCCUCUCGACGCAGUUCCAGUUGGAACGACGCAGCCUCUACAACGAGGCCCGCCAGCUGCUCGUCGCCCUCGAGGCCGAGAACCAGGCCAACCACAUCAACCCGAGCUGCUUGUCCAUCGAGCAGGUCCAGGCCUGGAUCCUGCUGGUCAUCUACGAGCUGACCAACACCGACUGCAACUACCAGCGCGGCAUCCUGUCCGCCGGGAGAGCGUUCCGCCUCGUGCAGAUGAUGAGGCUGUACGAGGUCGACGGGCCCGGUUUCGAACACUCGGGCCAGUGGCACGAUCAGAGUGACUGGGUCAACAUCGAGUCCAUGCGGCGUACGUUCUGGCUCGCAUAUACGGUCGACCGGUUCACCAGCGCCAUUGACGGGUUGCCGCUGGCCUUCAACGAGAGACAGAUCCUCACCCGUCUGCCGGCGCCAGAGGUCAACUUCCUCAGCGGACGGCCCGCCACCAUGUGCUUCCUCUCGGACGUCAUGAACGGACUCGACGAGGACCGGACGCCGGACAACGUGUGGCCCUUCACCAAGUCCAUCGUCAUCGCCACCAUCUGCGGCCGCGCCCUGGAGCACAAGUACUUCCUCCCGCACGCGGACCGCAACCAGGACGUCACCUACGACUACCGCCACCACUUCCAGUCGAGCCAGUCGCUGAACGCGCUUCUGACGCAGCACAUCAAGCUGCUCUCCAAGCACGUCUCGCUCGCCUCCGAGAGGCCGGACCCCGUGCUCAUCUUCGUCGCCCUCAUCGCCCACAUGGUCGUCUUCGUGCUCUCCGAGACGAUGGAGUCGACGCCGCAGUUCUCCGAGUCGCAGGCGCCGUCUCAGGGGCAGGGGCAGGGCCAACAACAACAGCAACAGCAACAGCAGCAGCAGGGAGCGCAGGAGGCGGACGCCUUGGUUCUGGAACACAAGCGGCGCUCGCUCGAGUUGGUGCAUAAGCUGAACGCGCUGACGGCCACGCUCGCCCAGCUCAACCACUUCAGGACGCAUCCUCUCACGCCCAUCCCGCUCCUGUUGAGUGCCAGAUUCUGUCUGGCUCGUACCGGGCUGGAUGACACCUACGGCACCUUUCUCCCGCUCGUCACCUCUGCGUUACAACGGCUCAAGAAGUCCAACGGGCUCGCGCAGAUGUGUUUGCAGCGGUUAGGACUGGAACGUGAGGUGGCGGGUCUCCUUCAGUAA